AUGGUUUCCUUGAAGCAAGAGUUUGAAUUCUAUGAUUAUUUUGGUCCACUGGCAGUCGCUUUGCUAUUUGCAGUUAUAAUUCUUUUAAUAUCAUUCUUUGUGCUCAAUUUCUUCUUCAUUUCAAAAUAUGACGAACCGACAGUUUUCGAAAGGAUCGGUUCAAAGCAUAAUCUUCGCCUUGGCCCGCAUACCGUCGAGGCAGUUCUGAAUCAUAAAAAUCGCUUCAUCACUGAUGAUGAUGAAGCCAGCAGGCAGCAGCAGCAGCAAGUGACACCGAAUACAGUCGAUUUUACCGCAAAACCCAUUCCACAAGUUCAUAUCAACUCAGCUUAA